AUGGCCAAGCUAGCGGCCUGGUGGUCUCUGCUGGGCUGCGUGUCUGCGCCGGGCCGCCGUGUGCCGAGCCUCCUCUGCGACGACGGAGAAGGAAGGCCGCGGCGGGGAUGCGAGCUCGUGGGAUCGUUGAUCAAUUGCUCCCUUAAUUGGAAGGGUGCCGGGGCGGAGAACCAAGCAGAGAUCCAAGUCCAGAGUUACGAUUGA